AUGGGAGGUUCAAGACCUAUACCCAAGACUUCAUCAGCGUGGACUCCAACUCAUCAAUUCAAUCUAUCAGAUGAAGUGUUCUAUUUGGAUCUUUCUUCAUCAUUUACCAUCAAUUCUCCUCCUUUCACAGAUCUUUCCGAAAUCUCUCGCAUGCCGUUUGGUAAUGAGAAAGGAACAGCAGUAUUGGGAACUAGUGGUGUACGGAUUUUUCUCAUUGGAGGGGUCCAGCAGGAUAUGACAACAUUUAGCUAUAAUGGGACCAAUUCUAGCCUUUGGAUCUAUAAUGUAAAUUCACAACGAUGGGACGUUCCUGGGCCAGGAACUAAUGGACCACCACUUCCUAUUCGUAGGUCUACCGCAACAGUUAUCAGUAAAAAUGGUACAAUAUAUAUACUAGUGGAAAUGGAUACUGCUUCAAAUGUGUUUACAAUCCUCGAGGAAUUUUUCACAUUUGAUACUUUAUUAUUGAGGUGGACAAAUCUGACUUCACUUCCUAAUCAUCCAUAUAAACGAAGUCAUAGCACUGCAACUUUAAUGCCUGAUGGAAAAAUUAUUUACAUAGGUGGUGUUACUCAAUCUAUCCCUGGUGAACCUGCAACUCGUAUAAAAUUGCACAAUGCACAUGUUCAUGAUCGUGACUUCCAUUUUGAUUUAAAUCAAACUUUGUCAUUGCAACAUAAAAAUCUGUUAUAA